ACUGUACGAGAGGAAGUAGAUUCCUACACGGACUCAUUUCACUGAAAGCACACAGGUGUCAUCAUACGAUGCUAGCCGUUUAGCUUCAUUUACGUGACGUCUGUCAAAGUAUUGAACGAGUAAUUUCACUCCCGCCGCCGACGCUUACCUGAGCAGGUGUUCGCUUUCUCGGAGGACGCGUCCGGCUGCCCGUGAGCCGCCGCCGGAGCCGCGGCACCGUGUGCUAAUCGUUAGCAAAGUGCUAACAACAGCAACCAACUUCACAUGCGUCUGCAGCUGCUGUCAUUUCAGCGGAGCAACAGGGAGCACUGACAGCUGUCCCCAGCAGACAUCAUGGAGCUCCAGGCGGUCCUGAUGGCGGCUGGUGGGGGUUCUCGUAUGACUGAUCUGACAUACAACACCCCAAAAGCAAUGCUGCCUGUCGGCAACAAGCCCCUGAUGUGGUACCCGCUGAACCUGCUGGAGAGGGUGGGCUUUGAAGAGGUGAUAGUGAUCACCACCAGAGAGGUCCACAAGAUGAUGAGCUCGGACUCUAAAAUCAAGUUGGACGUGAAGAUGAAACUAGAUGUGGUUUGCAUCCAGGAAGAUGGAGACAUGGGAACUGCAGACGCUCUCAGACACAUCCAGGAGAGGAUUAAGACAGACAUCCUGGUGGUGAGUUGUGACCUGAUAACCGAUGUGGCGCUUCACGAGGUGGUUGAUCUGUUCAGAGCCUACAAUGCAACACUGGCUAUGCUAAUGAGCAAAGCCCAUGAAUUCACAGAGACAGUCCCGGGUCAGAAAGGCAAGAAGAAAACAGCUGAGCAGAGAGACUUUGUGGGAGUCGAUCAGUCAGGGAAGAGACUGCUGUUCAUGGCCAAUGAGGCCGAUCUAGAGGACGGGCUAUCGAUUAGGAAGUCUAUCGUGAGAAAACAUCCGAGGAUGCACAUCAAAACAGGCCUCGUGGAUGCUCACCUUUACUGCCUGAAAAAAGCAGUGGUGGACUUUCUCGUCGAUAACAAGUCUAUCUCAUCAAUUCGAGGUGAGUUGGUACCGUAUUUGGUGCGGAAGCAGUUUUCCAAAACAACCAACAGUCAGAAAAUCAAAGACGAUGCAGAGGACCAGAACCAGAAGAAGAACGACGGCCCUACCAACCACGAGCUCCUCAUCUCAUCACGAGACGAGCCUCUCCUCCAGCUGGCCCAGGAGCGCUCCUGUUGGAACGACCACCGCGGUGACAUGAGCGAGGCGUACCACGGAGGAAAGCUCCGCUGCUACGUUCACAUUAUGGACGAGGGCCCUUGCUACCGCGUCAACACGUUAGCCGCUUACAUAGAAGCAAACCGACUGGCUCCCAAAUUGUUUGAGGAGCCAGCAGUCCAUCCAUCUGCUGUCAUUUCUGAGAGAUGUCAGAUGGGAUCAGACAGUAUCAUCGGAGCAAUGUGCCAGGUAGCAGAUAAGACAUCAAUUAAGAGGUCCACCAUCGGAAACUCCACCACUGUCAAAGAGAAGGUCAAAGUCACCAACUCUAUCAUCAUGCACGGGGUUACCAUCGAGGAGGGGUGUAACAUCCAGGGCAGUGUGAUCUGCAGUAACGCCGUCAUCGGCCGAGGAGCAGACCUCAAAUACUGCCUGGUGGGAAACGGACAACGGAUCGAAGCAGAGGCUGAGAGGACUAACGAGGUCAUCGUCGGGACGGACCAGUUGAUGGAGAUCUAGCCUCCCACAGGGAAGGAGUGGCAUCGCCCAUUAAUUAACCAAUCAAAAGGCAGCAAAACACAGGAGAGGACAGCUAAUUCACCAGAUGACUGACCGUGCAGAAGCCUGGAUGCUGCUUGACGGUUCUACUCUCUCGUCUCAUAAGCUUUUUUGUACAUUGUGUCCGAAUAAAGAAGUGCUUCAACCCAUCA